GAUAUCAAUUGUAAGGUUAGGGUCAUUGAUAGACACUUUUGCGCUGUAUGUUUCACCUCGGUCGGUUUUUUUUGAAUUAAAAAUAAAUUGCUUACACCACAUUCCACAAUAACAAGUCGAACAAAACGGUUAUCAUGGUCGCUGACUCUCAGGAAACAUUAAAAAGACUCGCAAUCAAAUUGCACGAAAUCGAUGCCAUUAAGUUUGGAAAUUUCCAAACGAAAUCUGGCCUUCAAACACCGAUUUACUUCGAUUUGCGGGUAAUCAUUAGUCAUCCCGAUGUAAUGGAUUUAUUGGCGACUUUGCUGUUGAAUUUUGUCGACGAGCAAAAGAUUGAGUACAAACACAUUUGCGGAGUUCCUUACACAGCAUUGCCGAUUGCAACGUUGCUUUCGAUCAAGCAAGAGAAACCGAUGCUGAUUCGUCGCAAAGAAGCCAAGGCCUACGGAACGAAGAAAUUGAUCGAAGGAAAGUAUGGCGCAGGUGAUUCGUGUCUGAUCAUUGAAGAUAUCAUUACCUCAGGGUCGAGCAUUUUGGAAACGGUGGCCGAUUUGCGUGCAGAAGGUAUCGUUGUGAAUGACUCGAUUGUUGUGAUUGACCGGCAACAAGGUGGCGCGGCAAAUAUCACACAUAAUGAUGUUCGUGUCCAUUCGUUGUUCAAAAUAUCAGAAUUUUUGGGCAUUCUCCGUGAAGCCAAUCGAAUCGACGAUGCGUGCGUCAAAGAAAUCACGGAUUAUGUUACAAACAAUCAAACUCCGGUGAAGGAAAAUGAGCAACCAACGGUUGACCGCACCAAACUUACCUAUGAAUCUCGAUUGGAGCUGACCAAAAGUCCAAUCGCAAAGGAUUUACUGCAGAUUUGCAUAUCGAAGAAGACAAAUCUGUGUUUGGCCGCUGAUACCAAUAAAUCGGUUGAUAUUUUGAAUGCAGCUGAUGCCGCUGGCCCAUACAUUUGUGUGUUGAAAACACACGUUGACAUCAUCGAUGACUUCAAUGAAGAUUUCGUUCGUUCAUUGCAAGCCCUUGCCAAGAAGCACAAUUUCUUGAUCAUGGAAGACCGUAAAUUUGCUGAUAUCGGAAAUACGGUUUUAUUGCAGUACGGAUCAGGUGUUUUCAGCAUCGCCGAUUGGGCAGAUUUGGUCACCGUUCAUUCGUUGACUGGACCGAGCAUUUUGCAAGGAUUGAAAAAUGCUUUGAGCGGCACAUCAGCCAAUCGAGGCGUUUUCUUGUUGGCUGAACUCAGUUCGGCCGGCAAUUUGAUCACACAAUCAUACACUGAAAGCACAAUGAAACUCGCUUCGACCACGGCAGACGCUGAUUUUGUCGCUGGCAUUGUUUGCCAAACGAAGGGUGUAGUUCAAGAUGCAGGUCUUUUGCAAUUGACACCCGGAUGCAAAAUUGAUACGAAAACAGAUGACUUGGGACAACAGUACAACACACCGGCAUAUGUUAUCAAAGAAAAAGGAGCCGAUAUUGCCGUAGUUGGUCGUGGAAUACUCAACGCCAAGGACAUUCGCACAGCAGCAGAACUAUAUCGUGACCAACUGUGGACUGCAUACACCGAACGUGUUAACUAAUAUUACUUGUUUAUCAAAUAUUUGAUAUGCACAAAUUAUAUUCCAGUUGAAUACAUUCCAUUUGUUUUUUUUUUGGAACAAAUCAAAACCAUAUAUUAUACCCAUAUUUUAUAUAUAUUUUUGAAUAUUUUAAUAAAUCAGUUGAACCAAA